AUGGGUGCCCCGAGAGGGUGCCCAGCGCUGCUGUGGGCCCUUGUGGCCCUGCUCUCGGCGGGCACGGCAGAGACCCAGGACGGCGGGCAGCAGAGCGGGACGAGUCAGCGGCCUGAGAUGACUGGUCAGAGGCGGCUGCUCCCCGCCCGGCCACAUUCCCGGUGUGACCUGGCUCCCUCCACAGCCCGGCACCUGACCUUCAUCCCGCCCGUCACUGUCUUCCCCACCAUGAGCCCCUUGAACGCAGCCCACGGCGGGCGGGUGUGCAGCACGUGGGGCGACUUCCACUACAAGACCUUCGACGGCGACGUCUUCCGCUUCCCCGGGCUGUGCAACUACGUCUUCUCCGCGCACUGCGGCUCCGCCUACGAGGACUUCAACCUGCAGCUCCGCCGCGGCCUGCUGGGCUCCAGACCCACCAUCACCCACAUUGUCCUCAGAUCACAGGGGCUCGUGCUGGAGGUCUCCAACGGCUCGGUCCUCAUCAACGGGUGGCGGGAGGAGCUGCCCUACAGCCGUGCCGGCCUCCUGGUGGAGCGGAGCAGCGCCUAUGUCAAGAUCAACGUCCGGCUGAUGCUGACCUUCAUGUGGAACGGAGAGGACAGCGCCCUGCUGGAGCUGGACCCCAAGUAUGCCAACCAGACCUGUGGCCUGUGCGGCGACUUCAAUGGGCUCCGGGCCGUCAGUGAGUUCUACGCCCACAAUGCCAGGCUAAGCCCGCUACAGUUUGGGAACCUGCAGAAGCUGGACGGGCCCACGGAGCAGUGCCAGGACCCCCUGCCCUCCCCUGCUGCUGACAACUGCACAGACGAGGAGGGCGUCUGCCGCCGCGUCCUGCUGGGCCCCGCCUUCGCUCCCUGCCACGGGCUGGUGGACGCCGAGGUGUACGUGGCCGCCUGCACCCAGGACCUGUGCCGCUGCCCCUCCUGCCCCUGUGCCACCUUCGCCGAGUACUCCCGCCAGUGUGCCCACGCUGGGGGUCAGCCGCAGAACUGGAGGGGCCCCGACCUCUGCCCCCAGACAUGCCCCCUGAACACUCAGCACCAGGAGUGCGGCUCGCCCUGCGUGGACACCUGCUCUAACUCCGAGCGCUCCCAGCUGUGCGAGGACCACUGCGUGGACGGCUGCUUCUGCCCCCCAGAUACGGUAUUGGACGACGUCACCCACACCGGCUGCCUGCCCCUGCGACAGUGCCCUUGCACCCACGGCGGCCGCAUCUACGACCCUGGGGCCUCCUUCAACACCAGCUGCAGCUCCUGCACCUGCUCCGGGGGACUUUGGCAGUGCCAGGACCUCCCGUGCCCGGGCACCUGCUCCGUCCAGGGCGGGUCUCACAUCUCCACCUACGACGAGAAACUCUACGACGUACACGGGGACUGCAGUUACGUCCUCACCAAGGUAUGUGCGGACAGUGCGCUCGCCAUCCUGGCCGAGCUGCGGAAGUGCGGCCUGACGGACAACGAGAACUGCCUCAAAGCGGUGACGCUGAGCUUGAACGGAGGGGACACGACCGUCCAGAUCCAGGCCAAUGGCGGGGUGUUCGUGAACUCCAUCUACACCCAGCUGCCCGUGUCUGUGGCUGACGUCACGGUCUUCAGGCCAUCAUCCUUCUUCAUCCUGGUGCAGAUGGGCCGCUGGCUGCAGCUGCAGGUGCAGCUGGUGCCCCUCAUGCAGGUGUUCCUCUGGCUGGACCCCGCCUACCGUGGCCAGAUGUGUGGCCUGUGUGGGAACUUCAACCAGAAUCAGGCUGACGACUUCCGGACGGUCGGUGGAGUGGUGGAGGCCACGGCCGCGGCCUUCGCCAACACCUGGAAGACCCAGGCCUCCUGCCCCAACGUCAAGAACAGCUUUGAGGACCCCUGCUCCCUCAGCGUGGAGAAUGAGAACUACGCCCAGCACUGGUGCUCCCUGCUGACCAGCCCUGCCGGGCCCUUCUCGUCCUGCCACUCGGUCCUCAGCCCUGGGCCCUUCCACUCGAACUGCAUGUUUGACACCUGUAACUGUGAGAAGAGUGAGGACUGCAUGUGUGCGGCCCUGUCCUCCUACGUCCGGGCCUGUGCCGCCCGGGGCGUGCUGCUCAGCGGCUGGCGGGACAACGUGUGCACCAAGUAUGCGAGCAGCUGCCCGAAGACCCAGAGCUACGCCCACGUGGUGGAGAGCUGCCAGCCCACCUGCCGCUCCUUGAGCCAGCCUGACAUCUCCUGUGACGUGGCCUUCGUGCCUGUGGAUGGCUGCAUCUGCCCGCUGGGCACCUUCCUGGAUGAUGCGGGUGACUGUGUCCCUGCCGAAGCCUGUCCCUGCUACUUGCGUGGCACGGUGGUGGCUCCGGGGGAGGUGGUUCAUGACAACGGCGUGGUGUGCUCGUGUGUGAGCGGGAGGCUGAGCUGUCUGGGGGCCACGGAGCAGAGCACAGGGUGUGUGGCCCCCAUGGUGUUCCUGGACUGCAGCAACGCCUCCGCGGACGCGCCGGGAGCCGAGUGCGUGCGAAGCUGCCACACCCUGGACGUGGACUGUUUCAGCACCCACUGCGUGUCGGGCUGCGUCUGCCCCGUGGGGCUGCUGUCCGACGGGAGCGGAGGCUGCGUGGCCAAGGAGGACUGCCCUUGCCUGCACAACGAGGCCGCCUACAAGCCUGGGGAGGUCAUCAAGGUCGACUGUAACACCUGCACCUGCAGGGGCCGCAGGUGGGAGUGCAGCGACCGGCCCUGCCUGGGCACCUGCGUGGCCUACGGGGACGGCCACUUCCUCACCUUCGACGGCGAGCGCUACAGCUUCGAGGGGAGCUGCGAGUACACGCUGGCACAGGACUACUGUGUGGGCAGUGACGCCGCCAACGGGACCUUCCGCAUCGUCACCGAGAACGUGCCCUGCGGGACCACGGGCGUCACCUGCUCCAAGGCCAUCAAGAUCUUCCUGGGGAGCUACGAGCUGAUCCUGCACGAGGGCACCCACAAGGUGCUGCAGAGGGGGCCGGGCGGAGACCUGCCCUACAGGGUCCGCUACAUGGGCAUCUACCUGACCGUGGAGACCCACAGUGGUGUGGUCGUGUCCUGGGACCGGAAGACCAGCGUGAUCAUCCGGCUGCGCCAUGAAUACAAGGGGAGGGUCUGCGGGCUGUGCGGGAACUUUGACGACAACGCCCUCAACGACUUCACCACGCGGAGCCAGUCCGUGGUGGGCGACGUGCUGGAGUUUGGCAACAGCUGGAAAUUCUCCCCAUCCUGCCCGGAUGCUCUGGCCUCCAGGGACCCCUGCACUGCCAACCCGUACCGCAAGUCCUGGGCCCAGAAACAGUGCAGCAUCAUCAAUAGCGCAACCUUCAGCGCCUGCCGGUCUCAGGUCGAUUCCACCAGGUACUACGAAGCCUGUGUGAGCGAUGCCUGUGCCUGUGACUCAGGGGGCGACUGCGAGUGCUUCUGCACGGCUGUGGCUGCCUACGCCCAGGCCUGCCACGAAGCGGGUGUGUGCGUGUCCUGGCGGACCCCGGACGUCUGCCCUCUUUUCUGCGACUACUACAACCCGCAUGGGGAGUGCGAGUGGCAUUACCAGCCCUGUGGGGCCCCCUGUCUGAAAACCUGCCGGAACCCCAGUGGGCUUUGCCUGAUGGACCUGCCAGGCCUGGAAGGCUGCUACCCGAAGUGCCCGUCCAGCAAGCCGUUCUUCAACGAGGACCAGAUGAAAUGCGUGGCCCAGUGCAGUGGCUGCUACGACGAAGACGGGAACUACUAUGAUGUUGGCAAGAGGGUUCCCACCACGGAGAACUGUCAGAGCUGUGACUGCACCUCCAGCGGCCUCCAGUGCAUGCACAGCCCCGAAGCCUGUACGUGCACCUAUGAGGGCAGGACCUAUGCCUACGGGGACGUCAUCUACAACACAACCGACGGGCUGGGCGCCUGCCUGAUUGCCAUCUGCAGAGACAAUGGAACCAUUGUCCGGAGGGCCUUGGAGUGCCCUGGAACCCCAACUACAACACCCUUCACCUUCACCAGCACGGCAGCUCCGCCCUCCACCACGGGCUUGGUCCCCACCCUGUCCACUGUGUGUGUGUGGAAGGUCUGCCACUGGUCCGACUGGUAUGAUGGAGGCCAUCCAGAGCCAGACAUGAGUGGGGGAGACUUUGAAACAUUCGAGAACCUGAGGCAGAGGGGCUACCAGAUCUGCCUGGCCCCCGCAGACAUUGAGUGCCAGGCGCAGCUCUUCCCAGGCAUGCCCCUGGAGAAGCUGGGCCAGAAGGUGGAGUGUAGCCGGGGCAAGGGGUUGACUUGCCUCAACAGCGAGCAGAGCCCCCCACUCUGUCUCAACUAUGAGCUGAGGGUCCUCUGCUGUGACUAUGUGCCCUGUGGCACCAGCCAGCCUCCAUCCUCCCAGACAUCGGCCACCUCCACCCAGACCACGUCUGCUCUAGGAACCACCCACCCAACCACGGCAGUGCCCACCUCGCAGACCCCAUCCACCAAGCUUACCACAACCACGACCCCAGAGGGCAGCAGCUCUGCGUUCCCAGCCACCACCACCUGUGAUCCUCACUGUCGCUGGACAGAGUGGUUCGACGUGGACUACCCGAAGUACGAGGAGGCUGGGGGCGACUUCGAGACCUACGAGAAGAUCAGGGGCGUGGGCGGGGCUGUGUGCGAGCAGCCCCAAGAUAUAGAGUGUGAGGCUGAGAACUACCCUGGCCAGAAACCGGAGGAGGUGGGCCAGCGAGUGCACUGCGACGUCCGCUUCGGCCUGGUCUGCAGGAACGACGAGCAACUGGGCCUGUUCAAGAUGUGCUACAACUACAGAAUGCGUGUGCUGUGCUGUAGGUACAGCCACUGCAGGGUGCCCACGUCCACCACGUCCCCCACGGCCACGGCCUCCCCCUCCACAGCCACUGCUGCCACGGCCACCACUGCGACGGUGCCCACGGCCACCACUGUGACUGCCACCACGGCGACAGUGCCCACAGCCAGCACCUCCAUAGUCACUGCCACCACUGCGACAGUGCCCACGGCCACCACUGUGACUGCCACCACUGCUACAGUGCCAACAGCCACCCCCUCCAUAGUCACGGCCACCACUGCAACAGUGCCCACGGCCAGCACCUCCAUAGUCACUGCCACCACUGCGACAGUGCCCACGGCCACCCCCUCCAUAGCCACGGCCACCACUCCCACAUUGCCCAUGGCCACCACUCCCACAGUGCCCACGGCCACCACUGUGACUGCCACCACGGCGACGGUGCCCACGGCCACCACUGUGACUGCCACCACUGCUACAGUGCCAACAGCCACCCCCUCCAUAGUCACGGCCACCACUGCGACAGUGCCCACGGCCACCACUGUGACUGCCACCACUGCUACAGUGCCAACAGCCACCCCCUCCAUAGUCACGGCCACCACUGCGACAGUGCCCACGGCCAGCACCUCCAUAGUCACUGCCACCACUGCUACAGUGCCAACAGCCACCCCCUCCAUAGCCACGGCCACCACUCCCACAUUGCCCAUGGCCACCACUCCCACAGUGCCCACGGCCACCACUCCCACAGUGCCCACGGCCACCACUCCCACAGUGCCCACGGCCACCACUGUGACUGCCACCACUGUGACAGUGCCCACAGCCACAACUGCAACUGCGACAGUGCCCAUGGCCACCCCCUCCAUAGCCACAGCCACCACUGCUACAGUGCCCACAGCCACUGGCAUCACCUCGACAGCCACCAUCUCUACAGUGGCCACCUCCACUGCCACCACUGUGACAGUGCCCACGGCCAGCACCUCCAUAGUCACUGCCACCACUGCGACAGUGCCCACGGCCACGCCAUCCACAGUCACGGCCACCACUGCGACAGUGCCCACGGCCACCACUGCGACUGCAACAGUGCCCACGGCCACCCCCGCGACUGCAACAGUGCCCACGGCCACCCCCUCCAUAGCCACGGCCACCACUGCAACAGUGCCCACAGCCACCACUGUGAGUGCCACCACUGGGACAGUGCUCACGGCCACCACUGCGACUGUUGCCACUUCGACAGUGCCCAUGGCCACCACUGGGACUGCCACCACUGCCACAGUGCCCAUGGCCACUAGCAUCACCUCGACAGCCACCAUCUCUACAGCGGCCACCUCCACUGCCACCACAGCUACAGUGCCCACGGCCAGCACCUCUAAAACCACAGCCCCCACUGCCUCUGCCAUCACUGCUACAGUGCCCACUGCCUCUACGGCCUCCAGCACCACCUCCACUGCUGUGCCAACAACCACACAGACCAGAACACAGAUGGGCAGCACAGGGGUUACCGGGUCCCCUGCCAGCAGUGCCACACCAGUGCCUGCCUUUUCCACGGGACUCACGACCCGAGUGACAUACUCGAGUCCAGGCCACACAGGCACACCCCCAUCUCCUCCAAGAUCCACAGGGUCCACCACCCCGGGGACAGCCACGUCGGUCCUCCCGACUCAAAAACCCUCACAGGAGCCCACCUCGGUGUUGACAACGACUCAAACCUCCACAGCUCGGCUGCCGACAGAAACAUCCCUGAGCACAACAGGCACCCCUCCCACCAGCAUGCUUCCCACCCAGCUCCCCAAGACCGGCACCCCAGCCCUGACUACGGCCACCACAGGGGCCUCCACCAGCCAGGGCACGACCAUCUGUGAACGUAAGUGCCAGUGGACAGAGUGGUUCGACGUGGACUACCCAAAGUACGAGGAGGCUGGGGGCGACUUCGAGACCUACGAGAAGAUCAGGGGCGUGGGCGGGGCUGUGUGCGAGCAGCCCCAAGAUAUAGAGUGUGAGGCUGAGAACUACCCUGGCCAGAAACCGGAGGAGGUGGGCCAGCGAGUGCACUGCGACGUCCGCUUCGGCCUGGUCUGCAGGAACGACGAGCAACUGGGCCUGUUCAAGAUGUGCUACAACUACAGAAUGCGUGUGCUGUGCUGUAGGUACAGCCACUGCAGGGUGCCCACGUCCACCACGUCCCCCACGGCCACGGCCUCCCCCUCCACAGCCACUGCUGCCACGGCCACCACUGCGACAGUGCCCACGGCCACCACUGUGACUGCCACCACUGCUACAGUGCCAACAGCCACCCCCUCCAUAGUCACUGCCACCACUGCGACAGUGCCCACGGCCACCACUGUGACUGCCACCACUGCUACAGUGCCAACAGCCACCCCCUCCAUAGUCACGGCCACCACUGCAACAGUGCCCACGGCCAGCACCUCCAUAGCCACGGCCACCACUCCCACAUUGCCCAUGGCCACCACUCCCACAGUGCCCACGGCCACCACUGUGACUGCCACCACUGCUACAGUGCCAACAGCCACCCCCUCCAUAGUCACGGCCACCACUGCGACAGUGCCCACGGCCAGCACCUCCAUAGUCACUGCCACCACUGCGACAGUGCCCACGGCCACCCCCUCCAUAGCCACGGCCACCACUCCCACAUUGCCCAUGGCCACCACUCCCACAGUGCCCACGGCCACCACUCCCACAGUGCCCACGGCCACCACUGUGACUGCCACCACUGCGACAGUGCCCACAGCCACAACUGCAACUGCGACAGUGCCCAUGGCCACCCCCUCCAUAGCCACAGCCACCACUGCUACAGUGCCCACAGCCACUGGCAUCACCUCGACAGCCACCAUCUCUACAGUGGCCACCUCCACUGCCACCACUGUGACAGUGCCCACGGCCAGCACCUCCAUAGUCACUGCCACCACUGCGACAGUGCCCACGGCCACGCCAUCCACAGUCACGGCCACCACUGCGACAGUGCCCACGGCCACCACUGCGACUGCAACAGUGCCCACGGCCACCCCCUCCAUAGCCACUGCCACCACUGCGACAGUGCCCACAGCCACCACUGUGAGUGCCACCACUGGGACAGUGCUCACGGCCACCACUGCGACUGUUGCCACUGCGACAGUGCCCAUGGCCACCACUGGGACUGCCACCACUGCCACAGUGCCCAUGGCCACUAGCAUCACCUCGACAGCCACCAUCUCUACAGCGGCCACCUCCACUGCCACCACAGCUAUAGUGCCCACGGCCAGCACCUCUAAAACCACAGCCCCCACUGCCUCUGCCAUCACUGCUACAGUGCCCACUGCCUCUACGGCCUCCAGCACCACCUCCACUGCUGUGCCAACAACCACACAGACCAGAACACAGAUGGGCAGCACAGGGGUUACCGGGUCCCCUGCCAGCAGUGCCACACCAGUGCCUGCCUUUUCCACGGGACUCACGACCCGAGUGACAUACUCGAGUCCAGGCCACACAGGCACACCCCCAACAUCUCCUCCAGGAUCCACAGGGUCCACCACCCCGGGGACAGCCACGUCGGUCCUCCCGACUCAAAAACCCUCACAGGAGCCCACCUCGGUGUUGACAACGACUCAAACCUCCACAGCUCGGCUGCCGACAGAAACAUCCCUGAGCACAACAGGCACCCCUCCCACCAGCAUGCUUCCCACCCAGCUCCCCAAGACCGGCACCCCAGCCCUGACUACGGCCACCACAGGGGCCUCCACCAGCCAGGGCACGACCAUCUGUGAACGCAAGUGCCAGUGGACAGAAUGGUUCGACGUGGACUACCCAAAGUACGAGGAGGCUGGGGGCGACUUCGAGACCUACGAGAAGAUCAGGGGUGUGGGCGGGGCUGUGUGCGAGCAGCCCCAAGAUAUAGAGUGUGAGGCUGAGAACUACCCUGGCCAGAAACCGGAGGAGGUGGGCCAGCGAGUGCACUGCGACGUCCGCUUCGGCCUGGUCUGCAGGAACGACGAGCAACUGGGCCUGUUCAAGAUGUGCUACAACUACAGAAUGCGUGUGCUGUGCUGUAGGUACAGCCACUGCAGGGUGCCCACGUCCACCACGUCCCCCACGGCCACGGCCUCCCCCUCCACAGCCACUGCUGCCACGGCCACCACUGCGACGGUGCCCACGGCCACCACUGUGACUGCCACCACGGCGACAGUGCCAACAGCCACCCCCUCCAUAGUCACUGCCACCACGGCGACAGUGCCCACGGCCACCACUGUGACUGCCACCACUGCUACAGUGCCAACAGCCACCCCCUCCAUAGUCACGGCCACCACUGCAACAGUGCCCACGGCCAGCACCUCCAUAGUCACUGCCACCACGGCGACGGUGCCCACGGCCACCACUGUGACUGCCACCACGGCGACAGUGCCCACAGCCAGCACCUCCAUAGUCACUGCCACCACGGCGACGGUGCCCACGGCCACCACUGUGACUGCCACCACUGCUACAGUGCCAACAGCCACCCCCUCCAUAGUCACGGCCACCACGGCGACGGUGCCCACGGCCACCACUGUGACUGCCACCACUGCUACAGUGCCAACAGCCACCCCCUCCAUAGUCACGGCCACCACUGCAACAGUGCCCACGGCCACCACUGUGACUGCCACCACUGCUACAGUGCCAACAGCCACCCCCUCCAUAGUCACUGCCACCACGGCGACGGUGCCCACGGCCACCACUGUGACUGCCACCACUGCUACAGUGCCAACAGCCACCCCCUCCAUAGUCACGGCCACCACUGCAACAGUGCCCACGGCCACCACUGUGACUGCCACCACUGCUACAGUGCCAACAGCCACCCCCUCCAUAGUCACUGCCACCACGGCGACGGUGCCCACGGCCAGCACCUCCAUAGUCACGGCCACCACGGCGACGGUGCCCACAGCCACCACUGUGACUGCCACCACGGCGACAGUGCCCACAGCCAGCACCUCCAUAGUCACUGCCACCACGGCGACGGUGCCCACGGCCACCACUGUGACUGCCACCACUGCUACAGUGCCAACAGCCACCCCCUCCAUAGUCACGGCCACCACUGCGACAGUGCCCACGGCCACCACCCCCUCCAUAGCCACUGCCACCACUGCUAGAGUGCCCACAGCCACUGGGAUCACCUCGACAGCCAGCAUCUCUACAGCGGCCACCUCCACUGCCACCACAGCGACAGUGCCCACGGCCAGCACCUCUAAAACCGCAGCCCCCACUGCCGCUGCCAUCACUGCUACAGUGCCCACUGCCGCCAUCUACACUGGCACAGCUCCCACUGCCUCUACGGCCUCCAGCACCACCUCCACUGCUGUGCCAACAACCACACAGACCAGAACACAGAUGGGCAGCACAGGGGUUACCGGGUCCCCUGCCAGCAGUGCCACACCAGUGCCUGCCUUUUCCACGGGACUCACGACCCGAGUGACAUACUCGAGUCCAGGCCACACAGGCACACCCCCAACAUCUCCUCCAGGAUCCACAGGGUCCACCACCCCGGGGACAGCCACGUCGGUCCUCCCGACUCAAAAACCCUCACAGGAGCCCACCUCGGUGUUGACAACGACUCAAACCUCCACAGCUCGGCUGCCGACAGAAACAUCCCUGAGCACAACAGGCACCCCUCCCACCAGCAUGCUUCCCACCCAGCUCCCCAAGACCGGCACCCCAGCCCUGACUACGGCCACCACAGGGGCCUCCACCAGCCAGGGCACGACCAUCUGUGAACGUAAGUGCCAGUGGACAGAAUGGUUCGACGUGGACUACCCAAAGUACGAGGAGGCUGGGGGCGACUUCGAGACCUACGAGAAGAUCAGGGGCGUGGGCGGGGCUGUGUGCGAGCAGCCCCAAGAUAUAGAGUGUGAGGCUGAGAACUACCCUGGCCAGAAACCGGAGGAGGUGGGCCAGCGAGUGCACUGCGACGUCCGCUUCGGCCUGGUCUGCAGGAACGACGAGCAACUGGGCCUGUUCAAGAUGUGCUACAACUACAGAAUGCGUGUGCUGUGCUGUAGGUACAGCCACUGCAGGGUGCCCACGUCCACCACGUCCCCCACGGCCACGGCCUCCCCCUCCACAGCCACUGCUGCCACGGCCACCACUGCGACGGUGCCCACGGCCACCACUGUGACUGCCACCACUGCUACAGUGCCAACAGCCACCCCCUCCAUAGUCACUGCCACCACGGCGACGGUGCCCACGGCCACCACUGUGACUGCCACCACUGCUACAGUGCCAACAGCCACCCCCUCCAUAGUCACGGCCACCACUGCAACAGUGCCCACGGCCACCACUGUGACUGCCACCACUGCGACAGUGCCCACGGCCACCACUGUGACUGCCACCACUGCGACAGUGCCCACGGCCACCACUGUGACUGCCACCACUGCAACAGUACCCACGGCCACCACUGCUACAGUGCCCACGGUCACCUCUGAGACUUCCACCACUGCCACUUCCACCACUGCUAGAUUGCCCACAGCCACCACCGUGAUAGCCACCACUCCUACAGUACCUACAGUUACCACUGCGACUGCUGCCACUGCAACAGUGCCCACGGCCACCACUGGGACUGCCACCACUGCGACGGUGCCCACGGCCACCACUGGGACUGCCACCACUGCCACCACUCCUACAGUGCCCACAGCGACUGCCUCCACAGCCACCAUCCCUAUAGCCACCAUCUACACCGGCACAGCUCCCACUGCCUCUACGGCCUCCAGUACCACCUCCACUGCUGUGCCAACAACCACACAGACCAGAACACAGGUGGGGAGCACAGGGGUUACCAGGUCCCCUGCCAGCAGUGCCACACCAGUGCCUACCCUUUCCAGAGGACUCACGACCCGAGUGACAUACUCGAGUCCAGGCCACACAGGCACACCCCCAACAUCUCCUCCAGGAUCCACAGGGUCCACCACCCCGGGGACAGCCACGUCAGUCCUCCCGACUCAAAAACCUUCACAGGGGCCCACCUCAGUGUUGACAACGACUCAAACCUCCACAGCUCGGCCGCUGACAGAAACAUCCCUGAGCACAACAGGCACCCCUCCCACCAGCAUGCUGCCCACCCAGAUCCCCAAGACCAGCACCCCAGCCCCGACUAUGGCCACCACUGGGGCCUCCACCAGCCAGGGCAUGACCAGCUGUCAACCCAAGUGCCAGUGGACUGAGUGGUUUGAUGUGGACUUCCCCACCUCGGGGGUCAUGGGUGGAGACAUAGAGACCUAUGACAAUAUCCGGGCUGCGGGUGGCAAAAUGUGCCAGCAGCCAGAGAAGAUUGAAUGUCGGGCAGAGAACUACCCUGAGGUCAGCAUCGACCAGAUUGGGCAGGUGCUCAGCUGCAGCCUGGAGACAGGGUUGGUGUGUAGGAACGAGGACCAGAAGGGCCCAUUCACCAUGUGUUUCAACUACAACAUCCGUGUCUACUGCUGUGAUGAUGUCCGACACUGCCCCACCACAGCCACCCCAGGCCUCCAGUCCACUUCCCUGCCCCCUAGCAGCUCCACAGGAAUGGGGCCAUGGACCUCGACCUCCAUGACGACCUGGCCCCAAAUCUCUUCCUCCAUGGUCCUGCCCAUGACCCCCAAGCCAACUUUGACUGGUGCCCCCUCCACAGUCACUCUGGUGACUUCCCACAUUCUUGAGUCCACCUCUGUGAUCAACCUGCCCCCCAGCCCAGUGAUGCCCACCACUCGGGCCACCACCCACACCCACUUCCUGCCACCCACAACCUCCAAGGGCACUACACAAGUCACAAAGCUUCCCAUCAGGCCCUCUGAGACCACGACCAGACCCCCAGUCACCACACUCAGCACAGGCCAGGCUACUUCCAGCACAGGGGUGAGCACCAGAACCUCCCUAUCCCCUCCGGGGCCUGAGCCCAGCACCUCCUCACUGGGCACCUCCCUGGGCCCCACCACCACCACCACCACCAGCUCUGUGGCCACUUUGUCCUCCCCAAAGACCCACACCUCUGGGACCACCUUGGUCCCCACACCCCCAGGGACUGAGUCCACAGCCUGUGAGCGUCAGUGUGCCUGGACAGACUGGAUGGACCAGAGCUACCCAAUGCCAGGGGCUAAUGGGGGUGACUUUGAGACCUAUGCUAACAUCCGGGCGGCCGGUGGGACUAUCUGCGAGCAGCCUCUGAGGCUGGAGUGUCGGGCUGAGGAGCUGCCCAACAUGCCCCUGCAGGACCUGGGCCAGGUGGUAGAGUGCCAGCUAGAGGUGGGCCUGGUGUGCCGGAACCAGGACCAGAGUGGACAGAUGUGCUUCAACUACCAGAUCCGCUUGCUCUGCUGUGACAAGAGCCACUGCCCCAGCACGGCCAUCACCACCUCCACCCCCACCAGUGUGACAGGACUCUCCUCCACAGCGACCUCAGAAAGGGUCUCCAUGCCCACCACAGUGACAGGACCCUCCUCCACAGUGACCACCGAGAGGACCUCCACCCCCACCAGUGUGACAGGACCCUCCUCCACAGCGACCACCGAGAGGACCUCCACCCCCACCAGUGUGACAGGACCCUCCUCCACAGCGACCACUGAGAGGACCUCCACCCCUACCAGUGUGACAGGACCCUUCUCCACGGGGACCACUGAGAGGAUCUCCACCCCCACCAGUGUGACAGGACCCUCCUCCACAGCGACCACCGAGAGGACCUCCACCCCCACCAGUGUGACAGGACCCUCCUCCACAGCGACCACCGAGAGGACCUCCACCCCCACCAGUGUGACAGGACCCUCCUCCACAGCGACCUCAGAAAGGGUCUCCACGCCCACCACAGUGACAGGACCCUCCUCCACAGUGACCACCAAGAGGACCUCCACCCCCACCAGUGUGACAGGACCCUCCUCCACAGCGACCUCAGAAAGGGUCUCCACGCCCACCACAGUGACAGGACCCUCCUCUACAGCAACCACCAAGAGGACCUCCACCCCAACUAGUGUGACAGGACCCUCCUCCACAGCAACCACUGAGAGGACCUCCACCCCCACCAGUGUGACAGGACCCUCCUCCACAGUGACCACUGAGAGGACCUCCACCCCCACCAGUGUGACAGGACCUUCCUCCACAGUGACCUCAGAAAGGGUCUCCACGCCCACCACAGUGACAGGACCCUCCUCCACAGCAACCACUAAGAGGACCUCCACCCCCACCAGUGUGACAGGACCCUCCUCCACAGCGACCACAGAGAGGACCUCCACCCCCACCAGUGUGACAACUCUGUCCUCCACAGUAACCACUGCGACGGUCUCCACCCCGUCCAGUGUGACAGGACUCUCCUCCAGAGCAACCACAAAGAGGACCUCCACCCCCACCAGUGUGACAGGACCCUCCUCCACAGCGACCUCAGAAAGGGUCUCCACGCCCACCACAGUGACAGGACCUUCCUCCACAGUGACCACCAAGAGAGUCUCCACCCCCACCAGUGUGACAGGACACUCCUCCACAGCGACCAUAGAGAGGACCUCCACCCCCACGAGUGUGACAGGACCCUCCUCCUCAGCGACCUCAGAAAGGGUCUCCACGCCCACCACAGUGACAAGACCUUCCUCCACAGUGACCACCAAGAGAGUCUCCACCCCCACCAGUGUGACAGGACCUUCCUCCACAGCGACCACCAAGAGAGUCUCCAUCCCCACCAGUGUGACAGGACCCUCCUCCACAGUGACCUCAGAAAGGGUCUCCACGCCCACCACAGUGACAGGACCCUCCUCCACAGUGACCUCAGAAAGGGUCUCCACACCCACCACAGUGACAGGACCUUCCUCCACAGUGACCACCAAGAGAGUCUCCACCCCCACCAGUGUGACAGGACCUUCCUCCACAGCGACCACCAAGAGAGUCUCCAUCCCCACCAGUGUGACAGGACCCUCCUCCACAGUGACCACCGAGAGGACCUCCACCCCCACCAGUGUGACAGCUCCCUUCUCCACAGUGACCACUGAGAGGACCUCCACCCCCACCAGUGUGACAGGACCCUCCUCCACAGUGACCACCAAGAGGACCUCCACCCCUAUCAGUGUGACAGGACCCUCCUCCACAGUGACCACAGAGAGGACCUCCACCCCCACCAGUGUGACAGGACCCUCCUCCACAGCGACCACAGAGAGGACCUCCACCCCUAUCAGUGUGACAGGACCCUCCUCCACAGUGACCACAGAGAGGACCUCCACCCCCACCAGUGUGACAGGACCCUCCUCCACAGUGACCACCAAGAGGACCUCCACCCCUAUCAGUGUGACAGGACCCUCCUCCACAGUGACCACAGAGAGGACCUCCACCCCCACCAGUGUGACAGGACCCUCCUCCACAGCGACCACAGAGAGGACCUCCACCCCUAUCAGUGUGACAGGACCCUCCUCCACAGUGACCACAGAGAGGACCUCCACCCCCACCAGUGUGACAGGACCCUCCUCCACAGUGAUCACCGAGAGGACCUCCACCCCCACCAGUGUGACAGGACCCUCCUCCUCAGCGACCUUAGAAAGGGUCUCCAUGCCCACCACAGUGACAGGACCUUCCUCCACAGUGACCACCAAGAGGGUCUCCACCCCCACCAGUGUGACAGGACCUUCCUCCACAGCAACCACACAGAGAACCUCCACCCCCACCGGUGUGACAACUCCAUCCUCCACAGUAACCACUGCGACAGUCUCCACCCCGUCCAGUGUGACAGGACCCUCCUCCACAGCGACCACUGAGAGGACCUCCACCCCCACCAGUGUGACAGGACCCUCCUCCACAGUGACCACUGAGAGGACCUCCACCCCCACCAGUGUGACAGCUCCCUUCUCCACGGGGACCACUGAGAGGACUUCCACCCCCACGAGUGUGACAGGACCCUCCUCCACAGCGACCACUGAGAGGACCUCCACUCCCACCAGUGUGACAGGACCCUCCUCCACAGUGACCUCAGAAAGGGUCUCCACGCCCACCACAGUGACAGGACCUUCCUCCACAGUGACCACCAAGAGAGUCUCCACCCCCACCAGUGUGACAGGACCUUCCUCCACAGUGACCACCAAGAGAGUCUCCACCCCCACCAGUGUGACAGGACCUUCCCCCAUAGUGACCACAGAGAGGACCUCCACCCCCACCAGUGUGACAGGACCCUCCUCCACAGUGAUCACCGAGAGGACCUCCACCCCCACCAGUGUGACAGGACCCUCCUCCUCAGCGACCUUAGAAAGGGUCUCCACGCCCACCACAGUGACAGGACCUUCCUCCACAGUGACCACCAAGAGGGUCUCCACCCCCACCAGUGUGACAGGACCCUCCUCCACAGCGACCACUGAGAGGACCUCCACUCCCACCAGUGUGACAGGACCCUCCUCCACAGCGACCUCAGAAAGGGUAACCACGCCCACCACAGUGACAGGACCUUCCUCCACAGGGACCACCAAGACAGUCUCCACCCUCACCAGUGUGACAGGACCUUCCUCCACAGUGACCACCAAGAGAAUCUCCACCCCCACCAGUGUGACAGGACCUUCCUCCAUAGUGACCACAGAGAGGACCUCCACCCCCACCAGUGUGACAGGACCUUCCUCCACAGUGACCACCAAGAGAAUCUCCACCCCCACCAGUGUGACAGGACCUUCCUCCAAAGCUACCAUUGAGGGGACCUCCACCCCCACCAGUGUGACAGCUCCCUUCUCCACGGGGACCACUGAGAGGACCUCCACCCCCACGAAUGUGACAGGACCCUCCUCCACAGUGACCACUGAGAGGACCUCCACUCCCACCAGUGUGACAGGACCCUCCUCCAAAGCAACCUCAGAAAGGGUCUCCACGCCCACGAGUGUGACAGGACCCUCCUCCACAGCGACCAUUGAGGGGAUCUCCACCCCCACCAGUGUGACAGCUCCCUUCUCCACGGGGACCACUGAGAGGACCUCCACCCCCACGAGUGUGACAGGACCCCCCUCCAAAGCGACCACUGAGAGGACCUCCACCCCCAAGUGUGACAGCUCCCUUCUUCACGGGGAUCACUGAGAGGACCUCCACCCCCACCAGUGUGACAGGACCCCCCUCCAAAGCGACCACUGAGAGGACCUCCACCCUCACCAGUGUGACAGCUCCCUCACAGGGACCACAGAGAGGGUCUCCACCCCCACGAGUGGGGCAGGACCCUCCUCCACAGCAACCUCAGAAAGGGUCUCCACCCCCACCAGUGUGACAGGACCCUCCUCCACAGCGACCACUGAGAGGGUCUACCCCCACCAGUGUGACAGCUCCCUUCUUCACGGGGAUCACUGAGAGGACCUCCACUCCCACCAGUGUGACAGGACCCUCCUCCAAGCAACCUCGGAAAGGGUCUCCACACCCACGAGUGUGACAGCUCCCUUCUUCACAGCGACCAGCAGGAGGACCUCCACCCCCACCAGUGUGACAGCUCCCUCCUCCAUAGGGACCACCGAGAGGGUGUCCAUCCCUAGUCCCUCUGCCUUCCCAGGGUCCUCACCCAUGACCACCAAGCCAGGCUUGUCCAGUAUCUCACCCACAGUUCACCCGCUGACCUCCCCCUUAUCGACUACUCCUGGGUCUCCACCCACUACCCCAGCCUGGUCCUCAGAGACCUCUGGCAGCCUGAUGCCCUCCAUUGUCCCCCCGACCUCGUCUGGGCCAACCACACCCUGCCUUUGUCACGCCUUUGGGAAGUUCUUCCUACCAGGGGACAUUGUCUACAACAAGACAGAUGGGGCAGGCUGCCCCUUCUUAGCCAUCUGCAACCAGAACUGUGACCUUGACCGCUUCCAGGGCACCUGCCCUACCUCCUCACCCCCAGGAACCUCAGCCUCUGUGCCCUCAACCACCCCAGUUGUUGGCUGUGAUCGCACAAUCCCUCCUCGAAAGGUGAAUGAGUCCUGGUUCCUGGAGGACUGCACGGUGGCCCGUUGUGAAGGUGACAACCGUAUCAUCCUGCUGGGACCCCGGCCGAUGAACAGCAUCACCUGUGUGAAUGGGCACCUGCCCGUGAAGGUGCAGAAUCAGAGCCAUCCUUGUGACUACCGCUACGAGUGCAAGUGCGUCUGCAGUGGCUGGGGGGGCACCCACUACGAGACCUUCGACGGCACCUCCUACUCCUUCCUGGACAACUGCACCUACGUCCUCGUGCGCGAGAUCCAGCCGCGCUACGGCAACCUCCGCAUCUUGCUGCACAACCGCUUCUGUGAGGCCGCUGCCCACUGCCCCCGCGCUCUGAGCAUCCACUACCAGCCCAUGGACAUCGUCCUCUCCACCGCCACCGGCGCCGGUGGGCAGGAGGAAAGCCUGAUCCUGUUGAACCAAACGCGGGUGAGGCAGAGCUUCAGCAAGAACGGCGUGACCGUGACCCUGACCGGGGCCACCGGAAUGCGUGUUGAUAUUCCCUCCGUCGGUGUCAGCAUCACCUUCAACGGGCGGGUCUUCCAGGCCCGGCUCUCGUACAGCCGCUUCAAUCACAACACCGAGGGCCAGUGCGGCACCUGCACCAACAACCGCAGGGACGAAUGUCGCCGGCCUGACGGCACCAUGGCCCGCACCUGCCAGGACAUGGCCCGGUCCUGGCUGGUCUCUGAGAGCAGCGGGGAGGGCUGUGGGGUGCCCACUGGCCUGCCCACAACCACCAGCCCCCUCUUGCCGGGAACCAGCACGCCUGCCAUCCAGCCAUCGUGCCCCCCAGAGCCCCUCUGCGAGCUGUUGCUGAGCCCGGUCUUCGCCGGGUGCCACAGCCUCAUCCCACCUGGCCCGUACUUCAACGCCUGUGUCAGUGACAGCUGCUGGCCCGGCCGCGGCCGUGCAGUGCUCUGCCAGAGCCUGGAGGCCUACGCAGAGCUCUGCCGCUCCCGGGGCGUCUGCCCCGACUGGCGCAACGCCACCCACGGGCUGUGCGACCUCGCCUGCCCGCCCACCAAGGUGUACAAGUCGUGUGGCCCCGUGCAGCCGGAGUCCUGCGACUCCAGGAGCCAGAGCCCGCUGAGUGUGGAGCUGGCAGAGGGCUGCUUCUGUCCCGACGGCCACAUCCUCUUCAACUCCCACAGGGACAUCUGUGUGCCUGAGUGCCCCUGUGUGGGACCAGACGGGCUUCCCAAAUUCCCUGGAGAGUGGUGGGUCAGCAACUGCCAGGACUGUGUGUGUGACAAGGGCACCGUGUCAGUGCAGUGCACACCCGUGGAGUGCCCGGCCCCAGACCAGCCGCAGGAAUGCGGCCGAGCCGGCUUCAUGGCCGUGAGCAGGCCUCUGGUGGACAAACCAUGCUGCGUGGAGACUCUGUGUGUCUGCAAUGCAAGCACGUGCCCCCAGAGCCCACCUGCGUGUGGGCUGGGAGAGAAGCUGGUCCGCACCCAGGUGGAGGAUGACUGUUGCCCCACCUUCAGCUGCAGCCCUCUGCUGUGCACCUUCAAUGGCACGUUCUACGGGGUCGGUGCAACCUUCCCAGGGGUCACUCCGUGCCACACGUGCACCUGUCUGUCCAUGGACAGUGAGGACCCGACUGUAUGGUGUGAGGAGGAGGCCUGCAACACCACCUGCGUCCAGGGCUUUGAGUACUCCACGGUGGCAGGGCAGUGCUGUGGGGAGUGCGUGCAGACCACCUGCCUCACACCGGAUGGCCAGCUGGUCCAGCUCAACGAGACCUGGGUCAACAGCCUCGUGGACAACUGCACGGAGUACCACUGCCAGGCCACGGACGGACCCCCUAUGCUGACCCCAACGCCUGUGGUCUGCCCCGACGUGUCCACCUGCAAGGGCAUCCUCAAGAAAAUUGGCUGCUGCUACUCUUGUGUGCAAACGGACACCUGCCAGGUCCACGCCAACAUGACGGUCCUUCGACACCGGGGCUGCGUCACCCAGGCCGCCGUCAGGGUCUCUUUCUGCGAGGGCUCUUGCCCGGAAGUGUCCCGGUACUCCAUGGAGGCACAGGCCGGGCAGUGCCGCUGCACCUGCUGCCAGGAGACCAGGACCCACCAGGAGGUGGUGACCAUGCAGUGCCCCGACGGGACGGCCUUCCAGCACACCUACACCCACGUGGACGAGUGCAGCUGCGUCCCGGCCUGUGCGUCCUUGCCCCAGGUUCUUGAGGAUAGCGCAUCCACCUUCCCGUUCUUGGGGUCCACCACUGUCUGACGUUCUGCGCGCCCCCAGACACCCCCACCACCGUGGAAACCACGGGCGCCCACGUACACCUUCCAUGGUACCACUGCCCCCGCCCUCUUUGCACUUGCCCGGUGAAGCCUGGGCCCUGCAGGGUGACAGCGCAGUGGGGGUUGGCUUGAGGAGGACCCCGGGCGGGGGUCUGCCCUCAGAGCCCCUCGCACCUGUUUGGCCACCUCCCUGGCCAUCAGGGUCAGAUGACGCUCAUCUGGAACACGAGCACAUCCAGGCGUUGACCCCAGUCAGUGUCAGAAGGACGCCGUGGAGAAAACCGCACACCCCCCGCUGUGCUCGGGGUCCCACCAGGGCCUCUGUGCCCCUCGAAGCCCCCGGGGCACAGACCCCCACUGGCUACCUCCUGCAGCGAACCACAGACUGAGGCCGGGCUAGGCAAGGCCGGCUGCCUCCAGGGAGCUGCGUCAGGCAGGCUGGGUGCCUGCCGGUGUCUGGACCCUGAUCUGAGGCUACGAGGGCCAAGGGGCGGGCCAGGGAGGGGUUGGUCCCCACAGCACCCUCUGUGUUCACGCAGCCCCGGUCUUGCAAAUAAA